GCCAGGAACAAUCCAGUUGUACGGACGGUUUCAUGAGGAGCUUGCUGUGAAGCUUCCACGAGGUCAGACGACAUGUCCGACAUAUAAGAGCCUCCUCUGGGUCGGACAUGCCUGGGAAUAUUCCUUACUGUCUCUCUCGCAAUGUCGGAUGCCCAGGAGGUCGCCCACGCGUCGGUCACUUAUGCCACCUGUCUGACGGCCAUCCUUGCGUGGGACUGGCUCAAUUACUUGCCCAGCGAGUACAAGUACCUUUGGGGGCCCCUGUUUCGUGGCGACGCGCACAAGCGCAGGAGAAGUCUUGGAGAAAAGGCGCUGGCGUACGUCUCUUGCGGCCUCUUCCUUGUCGUGCGAUACUUUGCCCUGCUGGAAUUCGCUCUUUUCACUUGGUCCAUCAAUGCUACCGUCAGUCACGAGCAGUGUCAGAAGUUUCAAGCGAUCUUCCCCUACCUGUCAAACCUAGUCGCCCUCGCCGCCAACGCCAUCAUGGCGCUCCGUGUGGUCGCCUUGUACGAGCGAGACAGAAAUCUCAGCAUCUUCCUGUCGGUUAGUCUUGCCACUGUGGCUGGUGUCACCCUGUGGGGCUCGAGCUUCACAGAAGCGCAAGAGGGCAUUCCAAGCUGUAUUCCAAACGCAACGAGUCGAAACUUCAAUGCGCUCUACAUCUCCGUGGCUUGCUACGACGCCGUCCUCGUCGCCUUCACGAUUGGCCGCUACUUUUUCUUGCGACGGAAGACUGGAGGCACUUUGGGCCACCUCACGACCGUGAUCAUCCGCGAUGGCCUUCUCUACUUUGUCUUCGUAUUCUCGGCAAACCUUCUCGCAGCAGCAUUCGAGCUUCAGAACGCGAAACCGCUGCUCAAACCCGUCAAUGCCAGCUUGGCCACCGUCAUGACCAGCAUCUUUUGUUCGCGCAUCUUUUUCAACCUAUGCAAAGCAGGAAGCUCUACUCUUUCGCGCGGGAUGCCGGCCCAGGGCGACUCUUCCCAUGAGCUUGGCGUCACCUUCACUCAGCGACGCGACGUCCAUGUUUCUUCUUCAGACGAGGAUGUAGAGUCAGGCAUGAAAGUGUAAAGGCAUGAAAGUGAGGAUCAAACCAUGUCAAUGCAACAACAUCUCUCUCGAGACGACGCUUUCUAAGCGACGCGUUCUUACUAGUCACACCCUCUAAAUCUUUGUCCUCGCGAAGACGUCUGUAGGACACGACACAGAGCUGCUGCAUUUAUUAGAACGUGUGUCUGUGGUCCAAGCUCGUUGUCUCGAAUGUAAGGGGGACCGAGACCUAUUGUGCACGUCCAAAUCAAAGCUGUCAUUUGGAAGCCGGUCAAUUCAUAAUCUGGGGGUCGAACCGAGCACAAGCUUGGGGUAGUCUUCGACAAAACGCUUCACGCCCGGGUACACCAUUGCGAAGCUGAU